UUUCCGUAAAGUAAGCUGCGCCACUGGAGUAGAAAAAAGGUAGGAGAGCUGUGUGGCUUGUUUCUGGCACAUUUAGGGACUCAAGCGUUUUCGGAAACACAACUUACUUCCUGUGGAAGCUUAUACACGUUACCUUUACAUUAAAGAAGAUGGCGCAGUGGGGCCAGCUUCAGAUGCUGGACAGCAAAUACCUGGAGCAGGUGGAUCAGCUGUACGAUGACUCGUUCCCCAUGGACAUCCGGCAGUACCUGAGCAAGUGGAUCGAAAGCAUCGACUGGGACACGGUGGCCAUGCAGGACUCUCUGGCCACUGUUCGUUUCCACGACCUUCUCGCUCAGCUGGACGACCAACACAGCCGCUUCGCUCUGGAGAACAACUUCCUGCUGCAGCACAACAUUCGCAAGAUCAAGAGGAACUUGCAGGAUCGCUUCCAGGAAGAUCCCGUCCACAUGGCCAUGAUCAUCUCCAGAAACCUGAAGGAGGAGCUGAAGAUACUGGAGAUUGCAAAGAGCACCGAGGAUGAGACCGAUGGGGCAGUGUCGGCCAUGGUGGUGGAGAAACAGAAGCUGGACAACAAAGUGAAAGAGAUGAAGCACAUAGUCCAGGUGGUGGAUCAGAACAUUAAGAACGUAGAAGACCUGCAGGACGAGUACGACUUCAAAGUCAACACACUGAAGAACAGAGAGAAUGAAAUGAACGGCAUGACGGUGAAGGAGCUGGAGAAGGAGAAGAUGACAGUUGGGAGGAUGUGCUUUGAGCUGAAAGCCAAGCGUCAGGACGCUGUAGUCGGGCUGAACGAGCUGCUGAACAUCACUCAGGCCCUGCUGGCAGAGUUGAUCUCCGAGGAGCUGCCCGACUGGAAGCAGCGUCAGAAGAUCGCCUGCAUCGGUGGCCCGCCCAACGCCUGCGUGGACCAGCUGCAGAACUGGUUUACGGCAGUAGCGGAGAGUCUGCAGCAGGUCCGUCAGCACCUGAAGAAGCUGCAGGAGCUGGAGCAGAAGUUCACUUAUGAGAACGACCCCAUCACAGGGAAGAAGGCUUACUUGGAAGCCCGAGCUCUGGAGCUCCUCAAAAACCUGCUCUCCAACUCUCUAGUUGUAGAGAGGCAGCCUUGCAUGCCCACCCACCCACAGAGACCACUGGUGUUGAAAACAGGCGUCCAGUUUACGGUGAAACUUCGGUUUCUGGUGAAACUGCAAGAGUUUAACUACCAGCUCAAAGUCAAGGCCCUGUUUGAUAAGGAUGUUACAGAGAAGAAAGGGUUCAGGAGGUUUAACAUUUUGGGGACAAACACCAAAGUCAUGAACAUGGAGGAGUCCAACGGCAGUCUGGCAGCAGAGUUCAGACAUUUGCAACUCAAAGAACAGAAAGGACCUGGAAACAGAACAAAUGACGGUCCUCUGAUCGUCACCGAGGAGCUCCACUCGCUCAGCUUCGAGUCGGAGCUGCAGCUCAACCAGUCCGGACUCGACAUCAAACUUGAGGCCAUUUCUCUCCCCGUGGUCGUCAUCUCCAACGUCUGCCAGCUACCCAGCGGCUGGGCCUCCAUCCUCUGGUACAACAUGCUGACCACGGAGCCCAAAAACCUGAAGUUCUUCCUCUCCCCUCCUGCGGCGAAGUGGUCUCAGCUCUCCGAGGUGCUCAGCUGGCAGUUCUCCUCCGUCACCAAGCGAGGCCUGAACCAGGAGCAGCUCAACAUGCUCGCUGAUAAACUGCUCGGAACCAAAGCUCAGAGGAACCCGGAGGGACUCAUCCCCUGGACCAAGUUCUGCAAGCAGCAGAGCGCAAACGAGAAGGCGUUCCCUUUCUGGUUGUGGAUUGAAGGUAUCCUGGAUCUGAUCAAAAGACACCUGCUGUCCCUCUGGAACGAUGGCUGCAUCAUGGGAUUCAUCAGUAAAGAGAGGGAGAAGGCUCUGCUGACUGACAAGUGUCCGGGCACCUUUCUGCUCAGGUUCAGCGAGAGCAGCCGGGAGGGAGCCAUCACCUUCACCUGGAUCGAACACGACGUCCACGACAAGCCGGUCUUCCACUCCGUGGAGCCGUACACGAAGAAGGAGCUUUCCGCCGUCUCGCUCCCCGACAUCAUCCGCACCUACAAGGUGAUGGCAGCGGAAAACAUCCCAGAGAACCCGCUUCGCUUCCUCUACCCCAACAUACCCAAAGACAAGGCCUUUGGGAAGUACUACCCCAAACCAUCAGAGGCUGCUGAACCGAUGGAGUUUGAGGACACGGACAAGACUGGCUACAUGAAGACGGAGCUCAUUUCGGUUUCAGAAGUUCAUCCGUCCAGGCUGCAGGACAACAUGAUGCCGAUGUCUCCGGACGACUACAAGGCUCUGGAGCAGUACGUGAGCCCCAGAGACAUUGACGCUGUGGUCUGCUUUCAGGCCAACAGUCUGCUGGAUCUCGAAGACUUUGACCAUCAGAUGAGUGCAGCAGACUUUCGAGAUGGAAACUGAAGGGAAGUCAUAUUCCUUUGACCUUCAUUCUUCUCCUUGUACUGUACUUUUCACCAGAGGUCAUCAGAUUAUGUACUCCUCUUAGAUUCCUGUACGAUUUUGACAGCACGGUCACCUUUCAGAAACAGAAAAUUUUCUCCUUUUUAUUUGUACAUAGUGUUUCUUUUCAAUUAACUGUGAACUUUAAAGCCCUCAGUAUCCCCUGCUGUAAAACUGUAGCAUUUACAAUGUGAUUCUGCUUGCUUCAUGAGAAAUUAUCAUCAUAAAUGACUGUUUGGAUUCAUUUUAUCACUAUAAUAAAUGCUUGUAUUAAAAUGA